CUUCUAUUUUUGGCUUGCAGUCAUCCAGAAAAUAAAGGGAUUCUGACAAAUAUGGAGGAAUGGCCUGAAUGGAUUCUCGAGGUCCUAAUAUCAAACUAUGAGUUGGGUCCAGGCAAAUCAUCUGAUUCGACAAGCCUUGGGGACAUAGAGGACAUAAUAUAUAAAUUCCUUGUUAUAAUGCUAGAACGUUCAAUGCGCCAAAAGGACGGAUGGAAGGAUAUUGAAGCAACAAUUCAUUGUGCAGAAUGGCUUUCAAUUAUUGGUGGAUCUAGCACAGGAGAGCAGCGAAUUAGGCGUGAAGAGUCAUUACCUACAUUUAAGAGAAGGCUCUUUGGUGGCUUGCUGGACUUCGCUUCUAGUGAGUUGCAGAUCCAGACUCAAAUUAUUGCCAUGGCUGCUGCUGGUGUUGCUUCUGAGGGCUUGUCUCCAGAUGCUGCCAAGGCAGAGGCUGAGAACGCUACUCACCUGUCUGUGGCUUUAGUAGAGAAUGUUAUUGUGAUACUAAUGCUUGUUGAGGAUCAUAUAAGGUCUCAAUGCAAGCAGUCAUCUUCUUCACGUGCUGCAGAUGGCUCUCCAUCUCCCCUAUCUCUCUUUUAUCCAGUGCAUUAUAACUUAACAUCAUCAUUCACAAGCUCAGAAUCAACAGAUGUUAGGGGUGAUCGCACAUCAGCAUCUAGCAACUCUGGGGGAGUCUCUCUUGACGUACUUUCGUCAAUGGCUGAUGCAAAUGGUCAGAUAUCUGCUGCAGUUAUUGAAAAGCUUGCCGCAGCAGCUGCAGCUGAUCCGUAUGAGUCUGUUUCUAGUGCUUUUGUAUCAUAUGGAUCUUGUGCCAAGGAUUUAGCAAUUGGGUGGAAAUAUAGAAGCCGUUUAUGGUACGGUGUUGGCCUUUCAUCAAAUACAGCUUCAUUUGGUGGUGGAGGGAGUGGAUGGGAAUUUUGGAAGUCCUUACUGGACAAAGAUGACAAUGGCAAUUGGCUUGAACUUCCAUUGGUGAAGAAGUCUGUAGCAAUGCUGCAAGCAUUGUUGCUAGAUGAGUCCGGGAAAGGUGGUGGUCUUGGUAUAGGUGGAGGGUCAGGUACUGGAAUGGGAGCAAUGACUGCGUUAUACCAGCUGUUAGACAGUGACCAGCCAUUCUUGUGCAUGCUUCGGAUGGUUCUUCUAUCGAUGAGGGAAGAUGAUGAUGGGAUUGACAGUAAGAUGAGUGAAGAAAGGAAACUGCAGUCAGCACUUUUGUGGAGGUAAAAUAACCUCUGUAAUCAUAUUACUUCUAGCUCACUUAUUCAUUCUUAAA